AUGUCUUCAUUAAAUAAGCAAGCUUCGAAGAAAUCACUACGAAACAGUGGAGGAUUAUCCGGUGGUCCUCAAGUAGGAAGUACUUCUGGUGGACCAUCUGUUAAAUUUGCGAGAAGAACUUCAAGUGGGAGAUACGUGAGUCUGUCAAAAGAUGACAUUGACAUGUCCUCAGACUUAUCAGGGGAUUAUAUGAACUACACCGUUCAUAUACCUCCCACCCCUGACAAUCAACCCAUGGAUACAUCCAUUGCAAUGAAAGCCGAAGAACAGUAUGUUUCCAAUUCCUUAUUCACCGGGGGAUUCAACAGUGUAACCAGAGCACAUCUUAUGGAUAAGGUCAUCGAUUCUGAAGUAACUCAUCCUCAAAUGGCAGGCUCCAAAGGCUCUGCAUGUUCUAUUUGUGAUGGCAGGGUCAUGAGGGAUGAAAGAGGAAAUGAUAUCACUCCAUGUGAGUGUAGGUUCAAGAUUUGUAGAGACUGCUUCAUAGAUGCACAAAAAGAAUCUGGUUUGUGUCCCGGUUGCAAGGAGCCGUAUAAAGUGGGGGAGUACGAGGAAGACCUCCACGAUUAUCCUACCAAUGGGACAUUGGCAUCAUUACCAGCACCGAAUGGUUCAAAAAAUUCAAACAUGUCGGUUAUGAAAAGAAAUCAGAAUGGAGAAUUUGACCAUAAUAAGUGGUUGUUCGAGACUCAUGGUACCUACGGAGUUGGUAAUGCUUAUUGGCCUCAAGAUGACUUCGAUGAAGAUGGUGAUGAAGCGGUAAAGGCAGGAAUGCUUGAUCACGAGAAGCCGUGGAAACCUUUGAGCCGUAUAACACCAAUUCCUUCAAGCAUUAUGAGUCCUUACAGGUGUCUUAUUGCUGUUCGAUUAGUAGUAUUGGGGUUCUUUUUACACUGGAGAGUGACACAUCCAAAUAAUGAUGCAAUAUGGUUGUGGCUCAUGUCAAUUACUUGUGAGAUAUGGUUUGGCUUUUCAUGGAUUCUAGAUCAAGUUCCCAAGCUAUGUCCUGUGAAUCGUUCCACUGAUCUAGCUGUCCUUUUUGAAAAGUUUGAUAGUCCAUCCCCAUCAAACCCUACAGGGAGAUCUGAUCUACCUGGUCUGGACCUCUUUGUGUCCACUGCAGAUCCUGAGAAGGAGCCACCUCUUACCACUGCUAAUACCAUUCUUUCCAUAUUAGCGGUUGAUUAUCCUGUUGAGAAGCUUGCAUGUUACAUUUCCGAUGAUGGAGGUGCGCUGUUGACUUUUGAAGCCAUGGCUGAGGCUGCUAGUUUUGCCGAUUUAUGGGUUCCCUUUUGUCGAAAACACAAUAUUGAGCCGAGAAAUCCAGACAGUUACUUCAGCUUGAAAGUUGACCCCACCAAGAACAAAAGCAGAACAGAUUUUGUGAAAGACAGAAGAAGAGUAAAGAGGGAGUAUGACGAGUUCAAGGUACGCAUAAAUGGCCUUCCAGAUUCCAUCAGGAGAAGAUCUGAUGCCUUUAAUGCGAGAGAGGAGAUGAAGAUGAUGAAACAUAUGAAGGAGAGUGGGGCUGACCCUACCGACACUGUCAAAGUGUUAAAAGCCACAUGGAUGGCUGAUGGCACCCACUGGCCUGGUACUUGGGCAAACCCUUCUAGUGAACACUCUAAAGGUGAUCAUGCAGGAAUACUUCAGGUGAUGUUAAAGCCACCGAGUCCCGAUCCACUGUUGGGAAGUACAGAUGACAAGAUUGUAGACUUCUCAGAAGUAGAUACAAGGCUGCCAAUGUUUGUGUACGUUUCUCGAGAGAAACGUCCUGGUUACGAUCACAAUAAGAAAGCCGGUGCCAUGAAUGCAUUAGUUCGAGCUUCUGCAAUUUUGUCGAACGGACCGUUCAUUCUCAACCUUGACUGUGACCACUACAUCUACAACUGCAAGGCAGUGAGAGAAGGUAUGUGCUUCAUGAUGGAUAGAGGUGGCGAGGACAUAUGUUACAUCCAGUUUCCUCAGAGAUUCGAAGGCAUCGACCCCUCAGAUCGUUAUGCCAAUCACAACACCGUGUUUUUCGACGGAAACAUGCGAGCCCUCGAUGGUCUUCAAGGUCCGAUGUACGUGGGAACCGGAUGCAUGUUCAGGAGGUUUGCUCUAUACGCAUUCGACCCUCCAAUGGUGGACAAGAUGGACGAAAAGAAAGAUGUUAAACAUGGUGAAGACUCUGAAACACCGGCCUUGGAUGCUACCGAGUUUGAUUCAAAUCUGGAUGUGAACUUAUUACCUAAGAGGUUUGGUAAUUCAACCAUGUUGGCUGAGAGCAUACCUGUUGCAGAGUUCCAAGGUCGUCCUUUGGCGGAUCACCCUGCGAUCAAGUAUGGACGCCCACCCGGUGUCCUUAGGGCACCUCGCCAGCCACUGGAUGCAACUACUGUAGCCGAAGCUGUAUCUGUAAUUUCUUGUUGGUACGAGGACAAGACAGAAUGGGGAGACAGAGUGGGUUGGAUUUAUGGGUCUGUGACAGAAGAUGUGGUGACAGGGUACCGCAUGCACAACCGCGGAUGGCGUUCAGUAUACUGCAUAACAAAGCGAGAUGCAUUCCGCGGAUCAGCACCGAUUAACCUGACUGAUCGACUGCACCAGGUGCUGAGAUGGGCCACAGGCUCUGUGGAAAUCUUCUUCUCACAGAACAACGCUUUCCUUGCCAGUAAGCGCCUUAAGCUUCUCCAACGUCUGGCAUACCUCAAUGUCGGAAUCUACCCCUUCACCUCCCUAUUUCUCGUUGUGUAUUGCUUCCUCCCCGCGCUCUCUCUAUUCUCAGGAUUCUUCAUCGUCCAAACUCUCAGCAUCGCCUUCUUAGUCUACCUGCUCCUCAUCACCGUAUGCUUGGUGGCAUUGGCUGUUCUUGAGGUUAGAUGGUCCGGUGUGGAGUUAGAGCAAUGGUGGAGAAAUGAACAGUUUUGGCUUAUUUCUGGAACCAGUGCUCACUUGGCUGCUGUGGUGCAAGGACUCCUCAAGGUACUUGCAGGGAUUGAGAUUUCCUUCACUCUGACAACUAAAUCAGCAGGAGAUGAUGAAGACGACAUAUAUGCAGAUUUGUACAUAGUGAAAUGGAGCUCCUUGAUGGUUCCACCCAUUGUGAUUGCUAUGAUGAACAUCAUCGGCAUUGUAGUAUCGUUUUCUAGAACCAUUUACAGUGCAAACCCACAAUGGAGCAAGUUCAUCGGAGGAGCAUUCUUCAGUUUUUGGGUGCUUGCUCAUCUCUACCCUUUUGCAAAAGGGUUGAUGGGAAGGAGAGGCAAGACACCCACCAUCGUCUAUGUGUGGUCUGGUCUCAUUGCAAUCACACUCUCUCUGCUUUGGGUUGCCAUUAAUCCUCCCCAAGGUGGCGACGGACAAGGUGUUGGAGGAGACUUUCAAUUUCCAUGA